AUGGCAAGGGCUGUGGACGAAGGAAAUGACAGACUUUCCUCUAAAAGGGGUGGUGCAAACGCCCCAGCUCUCCGGCGCCCCCUGCUGGAGAGAGGGAAGGCGGCCGCGGCCGCGGAGCCUCUGGGCACAGCGCUGGGAGAGAGCUCCGGCGCCGAGAAGAAGCCGCGAGCUUCCCCGAUGGUGCCGCCGCCUCCUCCGUGCCGGGGAGGAGCAGCCAAGGGGCAGCUGGGCAAGAGCCUGGGGCCGCUGCUGCUACUCCUGGCCCUGGGACACACGUGGACCUACCGAGAGGAGCCAGAGGACCGCGACAGAGAAGUGUGCUCGGAAAACAAGAUCGCCACGACCAAAUACCCGUGUCUUAAGUCUUCGGGCGAGCUCACCACGUGCUUCAGGAAAAAAUGCUGCAAAGGAUAUAAAUUUGUUCUUGGACAAUGUAUUCCAGAAGAUUAUGACAUCUGUGCCCAAGCUCCCUGUGAACAGCAAUGCACCGAUAACUUCGGACGGGUGCUGUGCACUUGUUACCCGGGGUACCGAUAUGACCGAGAGAGGCACCAGAAGCGGGAGAAGCCGUACUGCCUGGAACAGGCCUUACAUUUCCAAGAGCCCACUUUGCCGUUCUCCCCUACCCCUUUUGGCACUGUGUAA